AUGAGUGGAGAUGUCGUUGAAAUCCUCUCGCCCGGCAGGGCAGUUGUGCGAGUCUCAAGCCCGACUCUGCCCAUCGAGAGGAGGAGACUCCUCUCCCCAAGCAAAGUGCCCGGCGACCUCGAGGUAACCGUCAGUCCGGGGUUUCGAUUGGGAAGGGCCCAAAUGGAGAUCGGCUCCCUCACUGAGGAUAUCGACCACAUGCGCUCAGAGCUCAAGUUUCUGCAGCGCGACCUCUCGAAGGCACCGAUGCUGCCAGUGCGGGGAGCGACGAGCGUGUCGAUCUCCACUAUGGACACCGCAAGGCUGUUGGACUCCAGCGUCAUAAGCGACAAGGUGGACGCCAUGAAGCUGGACCUGGACACAGAGCGGCGGCAGCGUUUGGCCAGGGAAGAGGAUGCCCGAUCCAGGCUUCAGAGCGUUCAGCAGAGCUCCGAUGCCCAUGCCGCCCACCAGUUCCACACGGACACGCGAGUCCGGAAGAUGGAGGAGGCCAUGGCGGCUGUGGAGAACCGCCUGGAGAUGCUCUUUCAGGACCUCGACCAAGGCAUAAAGAAGCGAAAGGAUGGGGAGGAUGCACUUUGGCUGGCCAUGCAGGAGGUUCGAGAAAGUUUGGGGAAGGAAAUGCAGCAGCGUGCCACCCGGGACGAGGAGCUUUCGCAAGAAGGCGCCGGUCUGGCACAGCUCUUGGAGCAGGAGCGCUCUGAGCGAAGGAAGGCGGAGGAUGCUGUCGCCAGAGACCGGAGAGCGGACCUCCUCCGCGUUGCCUCCGUGGAGGCCCAGAUGGCGCAGGCGGCGGAGGCAGUGGAAUCCAAGUUCCAUUCCUUGCGGGAACUCCUGGAUGGUGAGAAGACCGCUCGAAGCGGCAUGAGCGUCAAGCUCGAGCACGAUCUGGCAGAUCUGGGAAUGGCUGUGCGCGGUGAGAAGGAUGCGAUGGAGAGGAGGUUAACUGCCUUAAAGGACGCUUGUGACAAGGACAUCGAGGAAAAGCUGCGGAGCCACCGGCAGAGUCUCGAGACCCUGAUCGACCGCAAGCUCUCUGAGUUGAAGGAGUCGGUGGAGCAGGGAUUCACUCUCGCAAAGCAGAAUCGGGAAUCGAUCCAGUUUUCCAUGGAGCGAGAGCGCGAGUCACGGAAAGCUCAGAGCGAGACGCUCCUUUCGAGCUUGGAGGUGCGCUUGGAGCCCGUGGUUUCUCGUCUGGGCCAAGCAGAGCGGCAAGCAGAGGCCCUCGGCUCGAAAGCAGAGAGAACUUUGCAGGAGCACCAGAUUCUUAAGGCCAGCCUGGAGGAGCGCGCGGAAGGAGAGCGAAGAGAUCUCCAAAGCUGGAGAGUUGAGCUGGAUGUCUUGAAGAAGAAGAGCCUGGAGGCUGAGGAGUUUGGAAAAGAGCUGAAGAAAGCGAAGGAAGCUCUGGAGUUGCUCCCCAGCGACUUGGGCGGAGGAUUCAAGAAGCUGGAGAAUAGGUGUGGGAGCCUGGAGACCGAGCUGCACCAGGCACUGGAGGCAGCCCGGCGCGAAGCGCGGGAGCGCUCCGCCCGCCUGGAAGAGGCCUUGAAGCUGCUCGAGGAGAAGCUGCAUGCGGAAGAGGACCGAAUGCAGGCUGAAGCAGGCCAUGAAGUGAAGCAACGACGCGCUGUCCUGCUGAAGAGGCCAAAGAGCCUUCAACUCUUCGCCAUCGGACUCUUGCACAGAAGCAGGAGAAGACGUGACGGCAGCACCGAGCCGUGUCGAGCCGUGUGCAGUUCCGCCAUGAAGAAGAAUGUCGGUCUGGAGAAAUGGAAGAAGGACCCUGAGCUGCGAGUGGCUCUGGCCCGUCGGAACUUGGCGUUUCUCUCUCGUGAGCUUCAGGAGUUCAUCGCCGACGGCUUUGCGCGAGAGCAGAAGACGAGGCUCGACGACACCCUGAAUGCCCUGAAACCGUCGAGGGCCGACGAGGAAGAGGGGCACAGCGUCACAGAGCGCUGGCAGAGCCUCCAGAGCGGGCACUCGAGUGGCCGGAGUUGCCAUGCCUACCAGCUAAGCAAGCGGAGGAGCAUCUCUGGCGAGCCUUCCGGCACAAGGAGCCGAGGUUUCGCCUGGAAAGGCUGCACUCUGGCGCUGGGUGUCGCGGCGCUGAGGUCGGCCUUCGAAACGCCGCUCUGCUUCUCCCAGCCGCCGGUCGCAGCGGAGGCCCGGAGCAUCCCGGAGCCGCCUAGUGUGCCAGGCGGCGUCGGCUUCGGAACCCCGGCUCCCACCAUUCCCGGCCUGGCCUUUCCCGUUGCCUGGCCGGGCCAAGCGCUUCCUGGGCAAGCUCAAGCUGCUCAAGCUGCUCAAGCUGCUCAAGCUCAAGCUCUCGGUCUUGCACAGCCUCUUGGGCUGCUGCCGGCACUGACGCCGGUCUCGGGCUUGCCAGUCCUUGCGGCACAGCCCCUUGCACCCCCUGCGAACGACGGUGGCUGGACUGCGGCUGUGGCGGAAGCAGCUGCAGCAUUGAAUCAGCUGGGCUACGGAGCCACCGCAGCCAGCGCUGCGCCACCGGCCGCAGCAGCGCCUGCUGGCGACCCUGCCUUGGCAUCGGCCCUUGCAAGCCUUGGCUUGACGCCCGGCUCACUGGCCAACAUCCCUGGACUCGAGAGCCUGGCAAAUGUGCCGGGCCUUGAAUCUCUAUUGGGGCUACCUCAAGCGGGAGUUGGCUCAACCGGAGUCGGCAUUGUGCCCUCUCGUUCUAGAGUCAAAGGCAAAGGCUUCCCUCCCAAAGGUGGUAAGGGAAUGCCCAAAGGCAAGCCGUCUUUGCAGGACCUGCCAGUCCUCACAAGCCAGGAGGUGCAGGAGCCGCAAGUCUUCGUCACCGCGGCGGGGCAGAAGAACGAAAAGAAGUGCAGAGCCCUGCUGGCGCACAAGGACUUCAAUAGAAUGGAUGACAAGGAUUCCGAGCAGAGAACCGCAGCGCACAUCUGCAUCUUGAAAAAGCUGCCGGAGGAUAUUUGCCUGAGCAUCUUGAAUCGGGAUGACUUCACAGAAGUCAAUGCGGUGGAUCAGUUCGGCUACACGAUCCUGUCCCUGGCGGCCUCGAACGGCAUGGUCAGCGUGUGCAAAGCUGUCCUGGAGCACCCGGAGUUCACGCAAGUCAACUCCAAGGACAAGUGGGGAGCCACUGCGCUGCACUGGGCAGCGGCGUCGAACCUAGGCGCUGUUUGCAGUGCCAUCCUGGAGCACCCGGCCUUCGUGGAGGCUCACGUGGUGGCUUUCAGUUUCAAGUUCGAGAACCAGACGGCGCUGCAGGUGGCCGAGGAGAGGGGUUGCUCGGAUGCCGAGCAGGCGAUCAAGAAAGCCUUGACUGGCUAG